UCUGCAGAAAUAUGCAUGUUGUCAUUUCAAUGAUUGAUGUUGUUUUGAGAUUGUGAUGCUUUAAAAUGUAAGAUUUUAUUUUAGAUAACUGAAUCAAGAUGCCAGCCUGUGCUGUAGCUACAUGUAAGGUCUGGAGUGGAGGUUGGUCGAACAAGAAAACUGAAGCCUCAUUUUUUAGAUUUCCAAAGAAUCCCGAAGUCCAGGCUGCGUGGGUGCAUAGAUGUUACCGCCAAGAUCAAUUCAAUGUAAAAAAACGCUGUUGUGUGCUCUGAACACUUUGUUGAGACCAAGGCUAUAUAAACCGUUGAGACUGACUAUGAUCCAUCAUAUCUAGUCAAGAGAACUCUGAUGCCAAAUGUGAAGCCUUCACUGAAACCAGAUGCCAUCCCUUCAAGGAACCUACCCUCAGCCUCAUCACUGUCAAGGCCAGGAGAUGACACCAGGGGAGGCCGACUCGAGCAGAGGAAGGAGAGGGUGGUGGUGAAACAGCUUCUUGAACAAGGGCCUGGACAGAUGGAGAUCAGUGGCAGCGACAGCAGCUUCGCGAUCCAGCCGACGAGGAGGCUGCCGAGCAGCACGAGCAAUGGGAGGCCGCCUACCAGUCGGCGAUGGGCCAGCCGCCUCUGCCACCCGCCCCUCCUGCUCACGAGGACAACAGUCCGGACACAGAAGAGGCCGGGCCAUCCAAUACUCGACCGCGGACCGCUGAACUCGGCGUCAACCGCGAGGCGCUCGCGUUCGUGGCCGGCUAUGUGGCAUUCAAAUGCCGGCAGAUCCGCGGCGACCUCGGCCAACCGACCUCGUCUUCUCUGGCGCCAGCGUCCGUACCGAGCCGCUGGCUGGAGACAAUCAGCCGCGGCAGCCUCUACGUCCCCAGCCAGUGGUGGAUGGGCGUGGUGGAAGAUUUCAACGACACGUUCAGUGACGUGAUGGGGCCGACCGCGGUCAAGACGCCUGGCAUCGUGAAGCGCCUGACAGGCUGCGUGCUCGCCCGAGCUCCAGGGCUGGACGAGCGAAUCGCCAGGAAGCUGGCAAGCACGCGGCUGCACCUGCGACUCCGCUGGCUCAACACCGCUCGAGCAGCAGCUGAAGCGGAAAAGUACCAGCUGAAGAAGCUAGCCCAACACGCGAAGAGCAAGCGGUAGUCGGUGCGCUCACCUCCUACGCAGACGAGGCCGUCGGUCGGCACGUUGCCUUCGGACAUUAUAGGAUGUGCAAUGUGCAUACUUCUGUUUGGACAGAGCGGCGGCGCCUGGCCGCCUGCCAACCUGUGACCCCGCCAGUUGGCCGGCUGACAUUGGCCGGAUGGGGCCGGUCGGUGCGCUCCUCGUGUGUGCGGCCGGUGUGGUGGCGCGACGGGUGAUUCUCGACGGGUGAUGGGCGAGUGAGACGGGUGAUGGGCGAGUGUUGAAUGAUUGAGUCGCGUGACUCGGAGCCGGUCGGGGUGAGUGACUCUGAGACGGUGGGGUGGUUGCUGCGGUCGCUGUCUCGCCCCGCCGUGCCGAGCAGCGGCACGCCGAGGACGAGAGUUCCAGCCGAGUGAUAUCGGAGUCAGCCGCGGCCGUGCGCUGCUUCAACAGCCUACCUAGUUCGACAUCUGGUACUGGCUCCGGUGGGGGGUCGUAAGUGUAACGGUGGCAGGACCUCUAGUGACAGUCACUCAGCUGAUGACUCUGCUCACCUAGAUGUUUCUCGGAUCAGCGAGGGCAUGGACUCAAGUGCGGCCGUCUCUGGAGGUUCAGUGAACCGCCGACAGACGGGGCUGGACAGACCUCGCUGCUGGACUGUGCGCGGGAGUCGGUGGUCCAGCUGGUGUACCUGUCUCCACCGUUGCGGAAGGAGGGUGUACACAGUAGCGGUGGAGGCGGCGCUGGAGGUUCAGUCAGCGGUGCCGACCGGGUAGCUGGGCAGGCGACUACCGAGAGAGAUGCCCGGUCCUGUCGGCCUCUCCACCGGACGGACGGCACACGGGCGGGAGAUCUACUGGACGAGUUCGGCUGAGUCCGCCCCUGCCGGUGCCACGCCACAGGGCGGCUAACCCGCGGCGGGUCUAGUGAACUGGGGAGGAGGGGGAGUGGCAGUGAGUCGCAGAGGGAAGGGGCGAUGGUGGUGACACCCUGACAUUCUAAUGUUCAACCUACUGGACGCUCAGUGCCAUUGCCAGAGCCAGAUAGUACAGGGAACGGGUCGGGCCGGCCCUGAUGUCGCCAGGGCCGGGAACCGGUUCAGAAGGGACGGGACGGUGUGUCUGGAGAGGGUUUCUCAUCUGGUCAGGUGAUGAGCUUGGGAGGUUCGGAUGUGACUCGUGUGUCCAGCCAGGUGGACAUUACAUAGAGAUUGUUAUUAGAGAUGAGUAGUUUCUUACAGAUGUUGUCUCUGCUGUGAACACGGUGAACUGUUUCACACUACAGUUUGUGAUACUGAAAGCUGUGAAAUGCUUUUGAUGUUGAUUGAGUUUCGUUCUGUUGAAGCAGUUCCUAGUUCUACUUACUAUUUGUAAUGUGCUAUGACCGUCCGUGAUGUUUUCCGCGGCCUGAUGUGGACGUCAUCACGAAUGAUGCCCGAGGCGGCUGACCGAUGUUGUACUUCAAUCCUAGUAUUCUGAUGCCUGUGAUCUAGAGGGUACUGUGGUAGGGUACUUCAUCCAUCGGCGUCACUUUUCGGCACGGUGUUGUGAUUGGCCAAACUGGCCGUUUGGUGAUCUUGAAUUCUUGAGGACACUGACAGUCUAAUAGAUCACCGUAUGGUGACUGCUGUGCUCCCUCAGAGACAUCUGGUGACUAGCCACUAAGGUUCCUACCCCUGGGACAUGUCACAGAGGACAAUCUGCCGACGCUGUUUUCCCUGUUCCACCCACCAGACGACGUCGCGCCGCACAUCAUCAGGAUAGGCAGCUGUGAGCCGUCUCUGGCCACGAACAGCCGGUCUCGGUGGUGUGCGUGUGCCGGCGGCCGGCGCUGUGCGUCGCCUAUGACCAGCAGAGGAGUAUGCAGAUGCACACGGUGUGGCGUGUGCGGCGCACCGAGCCCACCGAGUGGUGGGCGCCCGACGCCGGCGAGCUCACCAUGGCCGCCACGCCGCACUCGCUCUCGCGCUGUCGGUCGGAUCGUCCCCGGGCUCGGCGCACGGCUCGUAGAUCAGGUCCGAGGGAGGCACGCCGCUGCCACGCAGCAGGAACAACAACCGUCUGAACGUCUCCGCGGGGCUGCAUAGCCUCUCGGCCGGACCUAGACAACCUGGACAAACAUACGCGUAUAACGAUCCCUGGCUCCCUGCCGACCGACAUUAGCCCAGCUCUGCCGUGGAUUUUCAUAGUGCAUUACCUUCCAUGAUUGUGAUUGUCGGGAGUAUGUAUAAGACAGUUUCGAAAUUUUAAACGAAUAACAUGUGUUCACAAGUCGCUCUAAAGUAUCAUUGAACGAAAAAAUCGAUGAAAUCGACGUAUUUUCCCCGAUGUUUUGAAGUUUUUGAAGAUGCUCUUACGCAAUAGCCGAAUGACGGCCUCGAGCUUCAGAAAGUCAGUGACGUCAUUUUCGUCAGCUGAGCAAAAGUAAACAAACGCGAAAUGCUGUUACCUCCUAUAUACG